UGUCAUUAUAUUGUGACGUACCCUAUGUAUGUGACCUCGCUAAUGAAAUACAAGCUCAGGCUGAUGGACGGCUGAAUCUGGCAGCUGAAUGGAACGAACAUUCUAGACUUUAUAAUUGGAGCUGCUCUGUAUUGUCCGUUCAGUGGGUUGAUGUUUCAGAAAAUGAAAAGGGUGACAGAGGGUUCAGCCAUGGCAGAUGCUCAAGAGGAAAGGAGCCCCCCACCACAGACAGUUGGUUCUGUGCAAUUCUUGUUGGCCAACAAAUUGGAGACGGCUAUGUGGCUCUCCCGUCUGUUUACUGUAUACUGCUCAGUUUUGUUUAUUCUUCCUCUACUAGGGUUACAGGAGGCUGCUAAUUUUUACCAACGUGCCUUGCUGGCCAAUGCUCUUACCAGUGCUCUUCGACUACACCAAAGGUUACCACAUUUCCAGCUUAGCCGAGCAUUCCUGGCCCUGGCUUUGCUAGAAGACAGUUGUCAUUAUCUCCUGUUUUCCCUAAUAUUUGUGAACUCAUUUCCAGUUACAAUGAGUAUUUUUCCAGUCUUUUUGUUUUCCUUGCUUCAUGCUACCACAUACACAAAGAAAGUACUUAAUGCAAUGGGCCCAAACAGCAUGGCCUUUGUGAGGACCUUUCUGGAUAAGCUUGCGACAAACCAGCAAAACAUUCUCAAAUUUAUUGCUUGUAAUGAAAUUUUUUUGAUGCCAGCUACAGUCUUCAUGCUUUUCAGUGGUCAAGGAAGCUUGAUACAGCCAUUUAUUUAUUACAGAUUUCUAACUCUUCGCUACUCCUCCCGCAGAAACCCAUAUUGUCGAACUCUUUUCACUGAGAUGAGGAUCCUGAUUGAACACCUUACAAUGAAGCCUGCCUGCCCCGUGUUCCUAAGAAGAAUGUUUCUCAAUAGCAUUGCCCUUAUUAGCCGGUUGGCACCAACAGGGGCAUAAUGAGACUGGGAUAUUGUCUGGUUAUGGAAAACAUCCUGAAUGUUUCCAGCAGCUGGUCCUUCUGCUAAAUACUGUAUUGCUAACAGUUUAUUCCAUAAUGCACUGAAUCGUUGUUUGAGUAGGAACCUUUCAAAAUACAGGUCUAUAUUGUUUAUCUCUUAAGUCUUUUAAGGUUUGUAAUCCUAAAUGCUAUGAUCCCAAUCAGCCCUAAGGAUUUUUUAGUUUUUAUAAAUCAGUGGCAGUCCCCUUUUCUUUUAGGUAUGAGGGAAACAAUAAAAAUCCACUGUAUCAGUAGUUUUUUCUUAAAUGUGUGUUCUGCAUAAAUGCAACUUUUUUGUUUGGAUAAUUGAGUUUUGUUUCCAAUGUACAGUAGCAACUGAAUGAUAUAUUGAUUUAAUCAUCAUUAUACUGUAUUAUACCAGCCAAAAUUAUUUCAAAGGAGUCAACAUAUUAAUAUUUUGCCAUGCCAAUAACACAAAAUAUGAAUUUUUAAUCAAAGUUAGAAAUACAGAAAACAUUGCACACCAUUUUAUCAACAGUAGUUUCUUCUGAAAUAUUCUUUAAAAAAAUCUUUAAAUACCAUUUGAAGAAUUUUAUUUUUCAACGGAAUGUGCGUGAUCUUUGAUGUACCAUAUAUUUAAACUGCAUUUCAAUAUCCCCUUUCAUCUGUGUUCAGCAUGUGGUUUUCAGGAAUUAAAAUAAAUACGUGAAUGUGUGAUUACAAGAUGUACAGCCAUGGAGUCAGUAUGUGGUCAUGUAGCUGGACCAUACAAAGACUUUGAUAAUAAAUAACUUGUAUUAAAACAAAAAAGGUUAAGUACCCCAUUAGAUUAUUGAUGGCUUUAUUUUAAUGUGUUGGCGUGGUUAUGAUAACAUGAUUUAAGUUAUAUAAAGCGUUCUGUAUUUCCAUGUUGCUGUUAUAAAAAAAAUCUGCAUAGCCAACAUGAAGGAAGCUUUUAUUACUUAUAAUCUGGUACUAUCCUACAACAUGAAAAAAUUAGCAGUUACGGUUCCAUUACUAUACAAGAAAUUCAAUAAUUUCUGUAUAUCUGUCUGUAGUGCAUGUUAAUUGUUGAAAGCAUCCUUGUUACUUAAAUAUGGGUAGCAAUGUGUUCAGUGUAGAAGCCUUGAGCUCUAGGUACACAUUUAGAAAUACUAUUAAAUCUAUUUCAGUUUGGUAUUUAUUUUCCAUAUAUUAAAACUUUUUCAAAGCUUGUUAUUUAUCAGCUUUUUAAUGAGCUAUUUCUGCUGUUGCAGAUAUAGCGGCUUGAACUUCUGUCGUAUAAUUUUCCUUGGUUCAGGUGUAUUCUAUUCUGCAUUGUGUCAUGGGAUUUUAUAUUGGCAACGGUUUCUAAUUGAAUAAAGUAUAUGGCUGGGA